UUAAUAGAUCAUAUGAGCACUUUCCCCUAAUAGAGAUCUAACCCAUUUCAGAAUAGACGUAGAGAUUACCUAUUUUUUUCCGUCAUUCAACUCUCGGUGGAUCUGCUUGUUCGUGUGUCCUUUGACCAGAGUUUUUGGUGAUGAUGAUGAUGACGAUGGCAUUGUGAUCUGUCGUUUCGAAGGCGGAGGAAAGGUGCGCACCGAGUAAAACAAACAUCCACCUCGUGCUUCGACCACCGCGGUGAAUGAACAUGAAUAGCGGCAGACUUUAUUCACGACUGCGGUUAUGUCGGUUUUAUUCCGGCGGCAUGAGAGCGACGUAUCACCGAACGCUGGACAGGAUCGAGUUAAUGCUGCCGCCUAAAUUAAGACCUGUCUACAAUCAUCCUGCUGGGCCAAAGACAGUUUUCUUCUGGGCGCCUGUUUUUAAAUGGGGUUUAGUUGCGGCUGGAUUCUCUGAUAUGACCCGGCCUCCAGAAAAGCUCAGCGUCUCCCAGUCCUGCGUCAUCACAGCUACUGGAUUGAUCUGGUCAAGGUACUGUCUUGUGAUUAUCCCCAAGAACUGGGCUCUGUUUGCUGUAAACUUUUUCCUGGGCAUAUGUGGAAGCAUCCAGCUCUUCAGGAUAUGGAGGUACAACCAAGAGCUCAAGCAGAAAGAAGCGGAAGUGCAGCAGACCUGAAAAGCCACAAAAGUGUUCUGCUGUUGUUCAGUUACUGUAAAAGCAAUGAAUCAGCCUUUUGCACACUACCGCCAUGUGAUUUAGAUCAAAGGAAUCUGUGUGAAAUAGAGGUUUAUUUUACCAAAAAAUAAUCAUUUCUUAUUUAAAUUCUGUCACGCACAUCUGUUGUGAUACGAUGAUUGUAUUUCUGAUGUUCUCGAUUGAUCCGUUUCUCAGUUUUAAAGGGGUCAUAUUAUAGUAGUAAUAAUAAUAAUAAAAUGGUGUGCCUAUAAAAGCGUUCGUUUUUAUUCGUGCCAAGACAUUUUUCAACACACAUAUAAUGUACAAGUUCCUCAUUUAUAUUCAAUUCAUGUUUAUUUACUGGAUAUAGCACUUUUACAUUGUAGAUUGUGUCAAAGCAGCUUAACAUUGACGUUCUAGAUUUAUAUCUGUCACUUGAAUGAUAAAAUGAUGCUAAAUUACUGUUUAUAACUGGACAAAUUUCCAGUCACUUGUUUGUUACUGUUAGAUCUAUUUCAAAUGUUUAUACAUGAAUAGUGUUGCCAGAUUGGGUCUUUUUAAAUUUGAUUGUGCUUGCCCCAGGCGAGGGCUAUGCGGUCAUACGAAGUCUGUGCCGGACCAUACACAUGUGUUUAACGCAGAAGUAUAAAUUAGCCUUUAGUUGCUGUAUGGUUAAAGUAUGACAGUUAAAGUAACUAGGCUAAUUUCUGAUUUAAAUCAAUUAAAAUAUUAAUCUAAUCUAAUAGUUUGGGCGUUUUUUGUGUAGGUUUUGGACUGGAAAAAGUCAGCUAUAUCUGGCAACACUGUACAUUGAAUCAACUUCCGUUAUAGCUUUGCUCACUCGCUGAUUGUAGGUUUGGUGUUACUGUACCUAAUAUAGAUUUUGAACUCUAUGCUGAAUAUAUGUAAUGUGACACAACCACAAAAUAAUCUGCUAAAAUGUGCCGUUCAAACUGCUUAGCUCAGAUUGAAAUAAUAUUCAGGCAUACUGUUCAAAACGAAA